AUAUGCUCGUAUAAACCAUGACUCAAAGCAACAAUAAAGAUGGAAAGAGACAGUAGUGAUGAAGCGUUGAAUGUCGUUCAAGAGAAAGAUCUGACAACAUUCGAGGAGAUUACUGAAUACAAGGCUCUGCUACUCGGAUCAACAUUCUUUCCUGGUGGACUAGAGAAUCUCACAGCGGGUAAAUUUGCUGCAACCAGAGAUGAUGAUGAGAGGAACAGGACAGCAAACGCUGAAGCUGCUCUAAGAAAGCUUACUGCGAUUCUAGACAGAUAUCAAGAGCAAAACUAUCUUCUGGAUCCUUAUCUGGAAGCAAUCGUCGGACCGCCUGUACGUGCCUUACAACAAUGUACAUUCCAAUCGCUUAAGGGUGGGGAAGCCUCCUCUCAAAUCUUCGAUGAUGUUCAAAGGCUUGCGAGGCUGCUAUACCACUAUACCAAAGUCAGAGGAUACAAGACCAUUCUACACUUUUUUCCACACACUGUCGAUGACCUAGUACCUACGCUUGGAUUGCUUGAAAGUACAAUCGAUGGCCAAAUUAAAUCGACAUGGAAAGUCCGAUAUGUUUUGCUAUUAUGGCUUUCGCUCAUCUGCAUGAUCCCGUUCGAUUUGGCAAAAUUUGAUAAAGGAUCUUCUACAUCUUCCAACACGACAAUGGCUCGAAUAGAACACGUAGGGAAGCACUACCUUAACAGUCCUGGGAAAGAACGUGAUGCAGCUUCGAUCAUGCUUGGAAAGCUAUAUCAGAGAAGAGAUGUAGAUGAAGAGCAUCUGCGAAACUUUUUGCGAUGGUCGCGUACUUCAAUCUUACCGCCUUCCUCCCCUUCAACUUUCCUUGUGACUGGAAUCUUGCAGACGUGGUGUACAAUUGUCAAGAUAGCCUCUGUUGAAGCUCUGCUCCCGCUCAUUGAAGCAAUCCGAUCGCUUCUGACGCUUUAUUCGUCCGAUGAAGAAGAGGCAGCAGAUGCAUCUGGUGGGUCGGAAUUCGUGAUGGCAACUUCUCUUAGAGACAAUAGUAUCGUCAACAAGUUUAAAGCAAAGAUGGCAUGUCGAUUGGGCCUAAAAAUUCUCAAGCCACGGAAACGUGCAAAUGUGCUUCCUCCUGCUAUGCUUAUGUUUGGCACCGAAAGCCAAGAAAGAGCAGUUGAGAAAGACUUUGGAGAAGAGGACGUACCCGAAGAGGUUGACCGAUACAUUGCUUUAUUGAUUGAUGCUUUGCAAGAUAAAGAUACCAUUGUUCGCUAUUCAGCCGCCAAAGGGAUAUCAAGGAUAUGCAGCAGACUUCCGAACACGUUCAUCGAGCAAAUUGGCGAUGAGAUAACCGGCUUAUUCGCAAUCAACGUUGCCAAUAUUAUGAGUGCAAAGGAAGAUUUAUCCAAUGUGAGCGAAUUCACAUGGCAAGGAUGCUGUAUAGCCUUGGCAGAGCUGGCAAGGAGAGGCUUGCUCUCAGCUGAGACACUAGGAGAGAAGAUGCCGUGGAUCGAAAGAUCUCUGCUUUUCGAUAUCCGUCGUGGGGCGCAUUCGGUAGGAUCGGGUGUACGAGAUGCAGCCUGUUAUGUACUAUGGGCUCUGGCUAGGGCUCAUGAUGCAGAAGCAAUCAGACCGUUUGCCAAGUCAAUUUCGGAAAAGUUGGUUUGCGUGGCUUUACUCGAUAGAGAAAUUUCUCUUCGAAGAGCAGCAAGCGCUGCUUAUCAAGAAUGUGUAGGUCGCCUGAAUUUGUUCGCACACGGAAUCGAUGUUAUUCGCAAGACGGACUUUUACGCAGUUGGCGUGAGAAGGAAUGCAUUCUUACAUUGUUUACCUCAAGUUGCUGAACAUAUCGAAUAUCGUCAUGCUAUCGUCGAGCAUUUGCUGAACACGACAAUUGUACAUUGGGAUGCUUCGAUGCGUGAAUUGGGUGCCCAAGCCCUGGCUAGAGUGGUGAGAUUGGACUUCAGUAUGCUUAUCAAGCAUGUAAGUGAACGUUUGAUUGCGAUGUCGUCCAUCCGUGACCCAUUCACAGUCCACGGGGCUCUGCUAUCCUUGGCGGAAAUUGGUGAGGAUUGUCGUCAUUCUUUGUCCCCUGAAGCAGCUUUGUUCCGGCAAAAAGCCUUCGGGACACUCAAAUCGGUCGUCAAACCAGGCCCGCGUGCUUCUGGAACGAACUUGGUCUUGCGUGCUGCUUGUCAAUUGAUUGCAAGCUGCUCUUCAGCGGAUUCGCUUGCGACAGGGAGUAAUUCUUGGAAAACGUUUGUUGAUCUGACGUUGGAUAGACAGGAAGAGGAAUGCCAUUUCGCGGCUGCGAAAGCAAUUGUGGCUGUCAGUCAAUUGCAAGAUCAAACGAAGCGGAUACGGUCAACCAUACAAGGAUGGAAGAGACUAAAUAUUGCUCAAUCUCAGAGCAACGCCAAAGUGCUGGGAUCCUACAGCUUUUUGCAGUAUGGAGAAGCAUUACAAGAGACUAUCACAUUCCUAAUCUCGCUCGUUGAAGGUUCUUCUCCGACAAAGAGCGCAAAUGUGGAAACAAGACGAAACGCUUAUCAGAGCUUGGCAGACAUCUUUGUUAAUUUAUCGGACAGGUGGUCACACUCCCUUGACGUGGAGACUGUGCAGCAAAUUUGGAAGUGCCUCUUGGGUGGUAUGGAAGAUUAUUCAAAUGAUGCCAGAGGAGACGUUGGCUCUUGGAUCCGCAUAGCGUGCAUGCAAAGCUUUCAGAGAAUCAUUGAGACCUUGACGAAGUAUCCUUGUCCCGAGAGGGUUUACCUUUCACAAUCGAUUUGCGAUGCCAUUUGUGCCGCUCUAGCAAAACAGAUGACGGAAAGGAUCGAUUCGGUCAGGACAGAAGCUCGAAAGGAUUUCUUGUUUGUUACUCGGAGCGUUGCAGGUACGUCCACUCAUAUUGCUGUCCCAUACAAGGAAAAGCUCAACGCACUGUUCCCGCCAGAGCAAGACGAACAAUUGAGCGAUCUGAGCUAUCUGUAUGGCAAGAUCGUUCCCCUUCUCUCGAUCGUUCCACUGCGUGCAGAGCUGUUGAAGGGAAUCGUGCUAGGUAUCGGGCCACAGCGGGAGACGGUUAAUCGUGAUUUAGUGAAGAGCUUGACAGCAUUCUUGAGUCAGUCGGAGGCAGAUCAAUAUGACACAUCCGACAUUGUUAAGGAUUUGACUGCAUUGGCAUUAGCAAACGUUCGCAGUAAUAGGCUGUUUGUCCCGUGUAUCCAGGCAUUCAAUGUGCUUAUAGAGGAAGGCAUCAUCGACGACCGGAUAUCGGAAUCUGGAAAAGAACUUAAAUGCAUCACACGAAUGCUAGACAUGGCAACCCGCAGCGUGAACGUCGUGAAGAGUAUACCCCGCUUAUUAGCAUCCGUUCAAUUCACGACGAAUCUGCUGUGUAUCACAAGUCUACAAUCCGGUGUCAUAACCAACAAGCUCAAAAACUUUCUCUUGCAUCCUUUCCCAAUCAUUCGGUCCACGUCUGCCGAAUUGAUUUAUGUUCAAGGACAAAAUCAUUUGGACAACUUUACGCAAGAAGCCGAAGAUACGCUUUUGUCCACCGAAUGGGCACAGGCUAGCAUCAGUGAGCUUCAACCGAUAGUUGAUGAGCUCAUCAGAUCCCUUUCUUUGGAAUCUUGAUCAUGUACACUAUUCUUUAUAAUCAAUGCAUUGUUCUGUGCUGCGCUUUCUCU